CAAACACAGUCUAGUUCGAAUUCUUGAAUGGUUUGGAAGGGAUAUUUUCGUGCUGCGGAUACUUCUUGAAAUCGAAACGCGCUUUCAGUACCUAGACCUAUACUAUAACUACAUGGAUUUAAGUGCUAAAAAAGUUCGACGUUUUGUCCUUUGUCUUGGAAUGUGUGUUUUCUUUUGCGGAUAAGUUUUUAAAACAAAGAAUUAAAUACGCACGUAUGUUAUAAUCCUUACGACGACAAGUACUUAAACUGUCUUUGAAAGCAUGUAAUAAUAAUUUCCAGAGCAACUAGAGUGUGGUCGGUCAUGCCUUUAUGUUAAUGAAAAAAUAAAAAAAAUAAAUGAAGAAGUUAUUGUCAUUGUUGUUCUACGCUGCUUGGGCACUGCCAGAGUCAGACCCAGAACCCAGAAUCCAACACCCAGCGCCCAGAGUUCAUUUGAGUUAAGUGUUAGUGUCUUCUGACUGUUCAGAUUGUACGCGUACUAAUUUCCAAAGGUAUAAAUGGGGAUUAACCUUAAUCUGCAUAAUCGUUUGGUUUCGUGCGGUGAAGAAAGUAUUAAGAAAAGUUUAUAUCGCUAAGCUCUAAAGAAGCUACAAAUUAAUCCCAAUUCGUUAAUUGAAUGUUGUUCUUUGAGAAAGUGGAUUAAAAAAAUGGAUACUUCGUUACUUCGUAUUCAGAAAUUGUGCAGCUUAAAUAAUAUAUAACCUUCGUCGUCGUACUCUCACUCUUAUUUUAAUUGUAAGAAGCUCAAAAAUAUUGUCAUGUGCGUUAGUACCUACCAGUAAUAUCCUUUGAAAUCAAUUUUUGUAAUUAAAUAAAAUAAAACUUAGGUAGAUGUUAAUCUUAGACAAAACAAAAUUACAAUGAGUAAAUGAAUAUCACAUGAGGUCUAUAAUUGUAUUAUAUGAAACUAUUUUGAUUGUUGUUCGCAUUUGUUGCAUAAUUACAACCAUUGAGGAAUAUCUACAGGGAUUUUCUUUUUUUUCAAACAGUUAAAGCUACUCAUUGAGGAUCGAUAUAACUGCAAUUUUUAAUACAUGUUGAACCAAUGCCAUCUUCCAUGAUACUUGUAAGAAAAUCCAGUAUUUUUUGGUCUCAAUGUGACAGUGUCACUUUAGAAGGGCAAUGAAAUCGCGGAAGCACCACAAAGGCUUCGUGCUUUGCGGCUUAAAUUGCUUGACUUUUGUCUACUUUCCAUUAGUUCUGCCCGUAAUACUAUGCACAGCGAACGAUUUCGACUAUCGAAUGCAGAGAGUGAAAAAAGUGUUAAAAGAAGUGCCUUUAAUCGAUGGACACAACGAUCUGCCAUGGAACAUCAGAAAGUUUUUAAAGAAUCAAUUAAGAGACUUUCGCUUUGGCGGCGACUUACGAGAAAUCCUUCCUUGGUCGACGAGUGCAUGGAGCCAUACAGACUUGAGGAGAUUGAAAGAAGGAAUGGUGUCAGCUCAGUUUUGGUCCGCAUAUGCCCCUUGUUCCUCUCAACACUUGGAUGCUGUACAACUAACAUUAGAACAAAUAGAUUUAAUAAGACGUCUCGUACACCUAUACCCUCAUCACAUGACUCUUGUGACAACAGCCUCAGGGAUAGAAGAAACUCACAAGAGUGGAAAGAUAGCCAGUUUAAUUGGUGUCGAAGGAGGUCAUGCUAUUGGUACAAGUUUAAGUGUGUUAAGGAUGUUUUACCAGUUAGGUGCUCGAUAUUUGACACUCACACACACCUGCAAUACACCUUGGGCGGAUUGUUGCAAAGUUGAUGAACCAGGAAAAAUUCCCCAUAUUGGGGGAUUGUCGAAGUUCGGAAAGCUGGUAGUUACAGAAAUGAAUCGGUUGGGAAUGAUAGUAGAUUUAUCACAUGUAUCUGUGCCAACAAUGCUGGAUGCUUUAGGGGCAUCGAAAGCACCCGUAAUAUUCUCACAUUCAUCAGCGCACGCAAUAUGCAACAGUUCCAGAAAUGUACCCGAUCAUGUACUUCAAAGAAUAGCAAUAAAUGGAGGAUUAGUAAUGGUAGCAUUUUAUCCCCAUUUUGUUAGCUGUUCUGAAAAGGCUAGUCUACUUGAUGUCGUUGCUCACAUAAACCAUAUACGAGAUGUAGCAGGCAUCGACCAUGUGGGCAUUGGUGCCGGAUAUGACGGUGUAAAUUUAGUACCAAAAGGACUAGAAGAUGUUUCGAAGUAUCCUUAUUUAUUUGCCGCCCUUCUUGAGUCUGAUAAAUGGACGGAGGAAGACAUUGCAAAAUUAGCUGGAAGGAACCUUAUAAGGGUAUUUAAGGAAGUCGAAACGAUAAGAGAUCAAAUGGAACUUCAAAAAGUCUUACCUGCAGAUCAGUCAAUUCCACCUGAAGAUAUAAUGGGCAGAUCUUAUUGCCGUUAUCAAGGACCAAGAACAUGAUUGAUGACAUUAAGAUUGAUUUAAGAGCGCACAUGUAUUAUAUACAACUUUGUAUAAAUCAAAAAAGAAAUAUGUAUAAGAUUUUGAAUUAAGGUUAAGAUUUAACAAAAAUCAAAGUCAUAUUAGGAACAAAAUAAAAAUGUAAAUACAAUUACAAAUCUUCUUAUUUUUAGGGAAUUGUAAAAGAAGAACACCGCUUGUAAAGACAUAUACUGGUUAAGAAAAAUUAAAUAAGUUUUUUUUUAUUUUUUUUCCAAAAGCAUGUAAAAUAUCACACCAAAAAUAGGAACGUAACUUAAAGUAUACCUACGGCUAUUACUAUUUAGUAGUUUGUAGAGUAAUAAAAUGUAUGUAGUUUCAAAUAGUAAAAAGAAAAAAAUUUAACACAAUUAUUUAUUUAUAGCAAAUCGAGGACUUGUGUCAAGAAUGUAUUUAACUUAUACAACAAAAAUAAUUAUUAUGUAAAUAAUGUAUAUCGGGUGAUUGUUUAACUUAGCAAUACAUUUUUUAUUCAAUUUUUAAUUAUAAAUUAUUAAAAAUAACAAAAAAAACAAAUAUUUAUCAAAAGACGUUAUUUAAAGAAAAAAGGAUAACAACUAUAUUGAAUAAUUAAAAAACAAAAAAAAAAACGACUUCAAAAAUUGUAAAAAUUAUUAAAGACCAAACAUGGAAAAUAUAUUAAUUCGAAAUAAUUUAAAUCCGUU